ACUCAAUGGACUGAAUUGAAUGCAUACUUCUCAAUUUGAUCCUCGCCGGAUCCCAUCCUACUGAGAUUCACUAAUACAGCUCUCCAUCUCAACUACUCGCGUUGGUACAUGAAUGGACAACCUCUGGAGUGACCAGGAUCUGAGCAUUCUUCACGCAUGGAUCGUCUUUUCAACAAAGGAUGUUGGUGAGUGGGCCUCGCGCUCGUCUAGUUCACUCCCCAUCGGUCGCCGAGCGAUUAUCGACGAUGGCUUGAGCAAGCUGAUCGUACACCGGAGAGAGCGGGCGACUCAACCUCUUACAACACCACGAGAGUUCCUUAUGAUUUGUCAGAUUUCAUAGCGCGGACAUGCGACAACUGAGAUUCCGGAUGCGGACAAGGAAGCGAAUGCGUCAGAAUAGGAAAAGAUGCCCGGACCAGAAUCUCAGAAAUGAGAAUGGAAGGUCAAGCGACAGAUGCGAUGACACCAUGACACCUAUUCAUAUCGCAAGAAGAGAAUGUUCAUAGACUGCCAGUGUCGGAUGUGUCGUUGUUCGGAAGGUAAUUUGGGAUUUCGAUCAUUCCUUCAGUAGAACGUUCUUCAUCAUCAGAAUUUGAGGUGGAGAGUGCUGUUUCCCUGUAAUGCAGGGUUUAGGGUUAGGGUUCAAGUCCAAAGGAUGAGGCUCUGUUCUCCCAAAUCCAGGACCCCGUUCGGUUCUUCCGCAUGGGACAGAGUGGGUUGGAGGGGCAUGGUACCUGCGAUCAGAUUGCUACGUGAGUGCUAACGGAGUGAAGAUUAUUGAAGUGUAGGAGUGGAUGACUGGCAGGAAACAUCCUCCGUCUCCGAUCGGAUUUUGGCGAUUAUCAUCACGAGGCAGGCGGAAUCGGGAAGUUCAUCGUCCUCUGCGCCCGAAUGAUCGAUAGAGCGCUCUGAAAACGUCCGCGUGGACUGAUUGCAGGAGCUGGUAGAAUGGCAGCGGAAGUGCGACAGUUUUUGUCGGGAAGAAAGGGGCUGACAGGGGCAGUUCGUCAAGCACGAGGAUUACUUCUCCUUCCUCCCGCUUUGGACACAGCCAUCUCGAAGUUUUUGGAAGAAUAUUCUUCAAAUGAGCUAAAGAAGAAUGUAUCACGGCUGUCAUUCGAUCUGCGAGGCUUGAAGGAUCCUGUUAUUGCGAAGGAUGAACCUGCUUCCGAGUUUAAAUUUGGUGGUGUGGAUGCGGGAGGAUCAGAAGAAGCUCGAGUGGCCCUCGAUGAUUUCCUUAGUAGUAGACCCACGAGGAGAAAGAGAGUCAAGGGUGAUCUGGCUGAUGCUCAGGAGAAAAUGAAGUACACAGACCUCAAUACAGCUGCGUAUGUUGCGGCCCGAAUGCCUGCCAUUUAUGGUGCAGUCCAUCGAGUGCUCUCUGAGGUAUCUCGAAGAGUACCUGAUUUCAAACCUUCUAAACUUCUGGAUUUCGGAUCUGGACCGGGAACUGCUCUCUGGGCAACGAAUGAGGUGUGGCCCGGAUUGGUGAAGAAAGUGAAUGUCGUUGAACCCUCUGAGCCUAUGGCUCAUGCAUGUAGAAGCCUGAUGAAAGAUGUGCAGAACUGGCCUGUAAUCAAGAGUCAUCCGAGUCUGCUGGACCUUACACGGGGCAAUCGCCGAUCUCCUCGAGAGCAUGAUCUUGUGAUCGCGUCAUAUACUCUGGGAGAGCUUCCAACUAUGGACGAUCGCAUCAGCGUUGCCCGGCAGCUUUGGUCUUACACGGGCGACAUUCUGGUUCUAAUUGAACCGGGGACGCCUCACGGCUCAGCUAUAAUUCGAGAAAUUCGGUCUCACAUAUUACAAAUGGAGAGGAAGAAAGUGAGGCGCCAAAAGGAAUUGGAAUCAAAAUCUCCCAGCGGAAAGGAAAGCCCUUCGAAAGUCCAAGCGUUGGCUACAACGGCAGCACCAGUCAAGAAAGCUGGUGCCUUUGUGAUUGCACCUUGUUCUCACGAAGGUCGUUGUCCAAUGGAGGGUUUGAGUACUUGGUGCCAUUUUGUCCAACGAUUGCAACGUACUUCUCUACAGCGUAUUACAAAAAGAAGUAGUGCGCUGCCUUUGAGAGCUUAUGAAGACGAGAAGUUUUCUUUCAUCAUUUUGCGACGCGGUCUUCGUCCAAGCGAGCCGUGGCCCUUGGAUGGACUGAAGGACACGGACCUUCCUCUGGAAAGCAAGGAACCUAUGGAAAUACUGGAAUACAGUGCAUCUGACUUCAGUUUUGAAGGCACUGAUGUAGACGAAUCUAGUGACGAAGACGAAGAGGUAUCUGAAGAGAAUGUAGAAAGUGAACAUAUAGAGACCGGACCUAAACUUGAGGCGGAUCUAGGAAGCGGCUGGGCUCGAAUUGUGCGACCUCCUCUGAGGAGAGGACGACACGUUAUAUUAGAUGUGUGUCGAUCGACGGAGAGGGAUGGUUCGAGGGGUGAUCUCAGUCGACUUGUCUGGACUCGCAAGGGAGUUUUGGCUCGGCACUUGAAAGCAAAGAAGUUGAGAUGGGGAGAUCUUUGGCCCUGCUAGGGUCAUUCUGAUAGGCAUAGAAUUUAUUCACUUUAGUUUUGAACUUGUAUUAUAAUCAAACGACCAGUCAAAUUAGAUUGCUGGGCACGAUAUGUUGAUCCAUGCCGAAGGUCAAACACAGAAGCUUACAUGCUUACUUGAACUCUUCUUGUAGGCUGAAAUGCAUCAACCAGCACAAGACAAGUGUACGAGUUAAUGUUCACAUUGAAAA